GCCUGCGCUCGAUAUGUACCACUCGCUCGCCUGCUGCUGCUUUGUUCGGCCUCUCCCCCCUCCGUUGCCAAGACUCCUUUCUGGUUCUGAUGGUUUUACUGGAGUCCUUCUGCGCGGCCGCUUUCGCCGCAGGCUCUGCAGCGUGCCUCGCGGUACUGCUGCUGCCCCCCACCAGGCAGCAGGCCCUAGCCACGAACCCGAACAACCCGAAUGUGGCCUUCCUGGUGAGCUUGCUCAUAACCUGCCUGCUGUCGUCAUUCGCCCUGCUGAGCGUGAAGGGGACGCACGCUUGCUGGCGCCCUUCCUGUGCGUCGUCGCCGCGGAAAGCCAAGGCGGCCGCGGCGGCGGCCGCGGCGGCAGCAACACUAGGGGGCACUACGGAGCGUGACGCACCAGCCGAGAAUGGUGGGGACACUUGCCCGACGCCAACAACACAACCGCGAUCCUGCGACGAUGAUGCUGCGGCGACGACAUCGGGGAGUAGCGAUGACGACGAACUUCCGCCGGAGGACUUCCCGCUAGAACGCCGGUCGAGCUUUGUGGAGGUUGCGCUGCGGAUCCAUGGCUGAAACGGCACGAAUGCCGCGUCAACAUGCAGCUGGGAGGUGGGGUUGCACUGUCCGAUUUGGUGUUGCGGCGUUCGUGCUGAAACUUGCCGUCUCGAGUGCAAACGAGAGGGGCCCCUCAAAACACAUGGCUGUGAAAAAGUGCCGGUCUGUGGGGGGAGGCGGGGUCAGCCGUUGCAGUGUUGUAAAUGGUGCAGAGUAUCGUGUACAGGGACUGGGUUGGGGAAGGCGAGAGGGGGGGGGCAUGGUUCCGUCGUUCGGAAAUGCUUCCCGUUUUUGAAGGGUUGGGCGUAGGAGGUGGACUUGUAUGACGGGGGGGGCUGUCUCUGUUCUUGAUGGGGUCUCGCUUGUCUGUUUCGCGUUGAGUGCACCGUUGCGUCGAGAUUUUGUAGUCAUGUGUGUGUGUUUGUGGGCCCGGGGGGUGGUUGCGACCGGUUUAUUUUUGUUCAAUAUAGAUGCACACCAUGUGAUGCUGGACGUCGGAAUGGUUGUCGACACCCGUCUGCCAGUGGGGCAGUGAUACUGUUUAUCGCCAAGAUGGCACGAAUACUCUCGUCUUGGCGGUUACAUGUAUGACGUAUGGGCCGGUGUGCAUCCCUUUUUUUAUCGAUAGCUACGAGCUGGCGUCAAUUUAUGUACGAUAAGAAGUAUUGUCUGUGUGUGCUUCGUUUUUCCCUUCCCAACGACUGUCGUUGUAGGCGAUCGAAUUGCCCGGUGUAGCAGAACAGGUGGGAGAUGCUGUUUUGAUCGACAACGUUGCUCCCAAUUUGACUGCUGCCAAGUCUGGCGGCGGUGCGCUGCGAGCUGCGUUGGAAAGCGUGCGCGUGUUUUGCAGCCUUUCUGUCUAUCGUCUGUUGGGCUUCAGUGCGAGGUGCAUCACUUGUUACCGGAAACCAUUAUUAUUAGUGUCUUAAUUGCGGGUUGGAUCGUUGGUGUCUGGCAGUUCUCACGCUUCAUCACGCACGGCUAUCUGAUUCGCUGGUGACGCUUUUUAGCAUGUGCCACUCGACGCGAGCGGUAGCGUGAGCGGGUAGCUUUGACGGCUGAGGAGCAGCUAGCUGUGAUGGUGCGUGUUUGCACGAACAUUUGUUGUUUUUCCCCGCUUUUCGGCAGGGACAUGUAUUUGUCAUGUUGUUGUCUUAAAAAAAUAUCGGCAUAGGCCGUGCUAUUUUUCGCAUCUUUCUGCUGUGUACAGUGUUCCUUCGCUGGUUAACAACAUUUCGUUUCCGGUUGUAACGCAACCGCUACUGGCAUAUACCGAAAGCGUGCUCAAGCGCCACGAACAGAAGGCACUGUCUGUUUUGUCCGCCAUCUGACCCGUGUCUUCUCUCGCAUGCUACACCCACGCGCGUAUGGGCCACGAGAACCGGCGGGUCGUGUUGGUGGUGCUGGUGCAUGUCUACAUCACCACGUGCACAUUUCGUUUCCUGUUAGCAUGCUGAAAGACAAGAACAAGAGCGGUUUGAGGUUGGUGCAAAGCAGCUGCUGGCCACCUGAGGUCAUCUGAGAGGCUACAUACGAAGAUCUUGACAGCAAGGCUCACCCUCAAACGACUCAGCAGAGGUCUUGGUUCAUAUUAUUAUUGCUUCUGUGUUUCUCUCUUGGCCCCAAAACCGGACCCAUGACCCACGAGCCACCUGCCUGACUCGGAUUGGUUCUUCUUGUCCAAACGUACCGAAAGGUUCCAAAGCCGACGUCCAUUAAAUACGAACGUGAACGAACCAAGCCAACAACGGCGUCAAACUUCAAAGACGGCAUUGCAUGCUGUGGUCGUUGCACGCACAAACGACUACAUAUAUUUAUUCUUCGGGACUCUUGAAUUUUGCCUUGCAUAUAGCCUGAAACUCUAAUUUUUCUCUCCACCACUCGUACGAAGUAUGUAUGUGGGACUGGUGUGAUGGCCGAUCUUGAGGAGAUUACAUGUGCGGGUCAGCUAACCUCGGCGUGCCAUCGCAGUCGACCAUAUUACCUCUCGUUUCAUUGGAUGGGACCAAGAAAUGUUUUACAUAUUUGGCUUCGUUACCCC